AUGUGGCCAAGUUGUGAUCCGAGAGACGUGCGCUUCAAUUACCAGGCCUUGCCUCGCUUUGCCGAGCAAGGGCCGGACAUGUUCAGCGGGCCGCAGCCGGUCAUGCCGCAGGUUUACAUGAACAGCACUGCGGGCUUUUACAGUCACGGCCAGGUGCCAUAUUGGUGGCCUGUGCAAAACUUCGUUCCACCAGCAUCAGUAAAUUUUGCUGCUGCUCCUCCACAAAUGAUGGGGGGCACAACAAUGAUGAUGCCUGGGAACCCAAAUCUCACUCCUGGUGUGUUUCUGAGAGAUGCAGACGAUGAGGUGGAGCAUCAGUACAUAAAGAAGCCACCGAAUGCCUUCAUGGUGUUUGCCAGGAAGCAUCGCAAAGCACUCAUGGGAAAACUGGACAAGAAAGACAGCGCGUCAGUAAAUGUCAUCCUGGGAGAAAUGUGGAAUUCACUACCGCAGCAAGACCAGGCCAAAUACUAUGAGGAAGCAGAUGUUGAGAGGCGACGUCAUGCCCAGUUGUAUCCCAACUGGUCAAUGUGUGACAACUAUGGCAAAAAGAGGAAGAGGAUGAGGGGUACUGUUACAGAUCCUGAAGCUCCACAGCCCACAAGGAUGUGUGUGGCUCCGGUCCAGACGGGGUUGAUGGGGCCUGAACGAUACCCUACACAAGGAGAAUCGCAGUCUGUGAGCAACAUUGCAUGUUUACAACAGCAGCAGCCUAAAGCCAGCCUUCCUGCUUUUGUGCAUAACUUCAUGCCGCCAGCUGCUCCGACUUCAUCCGGGAUGGCGUUUUCACAGCUUCUGAGUGGCGUAAAUUACAUGCCCCUGGCCCAUGACAAACACACCCGACCGUUGACUGUGAAUUCUACUGAGCCUCAGAGCUUAGAGGAAGAGCUCCACGUAAUACUGGAGCGAUUUGAGGAAGAAUCCUCGACUACACAGACAGAGCAGUCUUCUGCGGCCCUGAAUUUAGAAGAAGAGCUUCAAAGCUUACUGGAGCGUUUUCAGAACAAGCCCUCGACUCCACAGUUAGGCACAGACAGGCUCCACUGCGUCUUUGAGGGUUUAGGAAUCACUGCUGCUGAUACGGGAGGUUGUUGAGAGUCCUGCAAGGGCUGGGAUGGUGGAGCCAACCUGUGAAGACAAAGGAAGUACUAUUGGAGCGUUUUGAAACCGCACAACAGACUUUACUGUUUGUGGUUCAUAGUCACAAUUGUUAAUGA